GGAGGUUUGGCCUGUGUGGGGUCCCGUACCUAGCUGUGCAGGAAGGAAAGAGGAAGCGGCGAUCGGGGCCGCCUGGGAGCAUGGAGUCUGUGCUGGUCUGCGGGUCACUAUAACGGUCAGUGACUGGGAGAGGGACAGGAGACAGACUGACCGUGUAUAUUAUAUAUUAUAAUACCCAGCCAUGUAAUAAUAUCCUGUGUAUUAUAUAUUAUAAUACCAGGCCAUGUAAUAAUAACAACCUGUAUAUUAUAUAUUAUAAUACCAGGCCAUGUAAUAAUAACAACCUGUAUAUUAUAUAUUAUAAUACCCAGCCAUGUAAUAAUAAUAACCUGUAUAUUAUAUAUUAUAAUACCCAGCCAUGUAAUAAUAUCCUGUGUAUUAUAUAUUAUAAUACCAGGCCAUGUAAUAAUAACAACCUGUAUAUUAUAUAUUAUAAUACCAGGCCAUGUAAUAAUAACAACCUGUAUAUUAUAUAUUAUAAUACCCAGCCAUGUAAUAAUAAUAACCUGUAUAUUAUAUAUUAUAAUACCCAGCCAUGUAAUAAUAUCCUGUGUAUUAUAUAUUAUAAUACCAGGCCAUGUAAUAAUAACAACCUGUAUAUUAUAUAUUAUAAUACCAGGCCAUGUAAUAAUAACAACCUGUAUAUUAUAUAUUAUAAUACCCAGCCAUGUAAUAAUAAUAACCUGUAUAUUAUAUAUUAUAAUACCCAGCCAUGUAAUAAUAUCCUGUGUAUUAUAUAUUAUAAUACCAGGCCAUGUAAUAAUAACAACCUGUAUAUUAUAUAUUAUAAUACCCAGCCAUGUAAUAAUAACCUGUAUAUUAUAUAUCCAAUAAUACCUGUAUAUUAUAUAUCUAAUACUCGGCCAUGUAAUAAUAACCUGUAUAUUAUAUAUCCAAUAAUACCCGGCCAUGUAAUAAUAACCUGUAUAUUAUAUAUCCAAUACCCGGCCAUGUAAUAAUAACCUGUAUAUUAUAUAUCCAAUACCCGGCCAUGUAAUAAUAACCUGUAUAUUAUAUAUCCAAUACCCGGCCAUGUAAUAAUAACCUGUAUAUUAUAUAUCCAAUACCCGGCCAUGUAAUAAUAACCUGUAUAUUAUAUAUCUAAUAUCCAGCCAUGUAAUAAUAACCUGUAUAUUAUAUAUAGAAUACCCGGACAUGUAAUAAUAACCUGUAUAUUAUAUAUCUAAUAUUCAGCCAUGUAAUAAUAACCUGUAUAUUAUAUAUCUAAUAUUCAGCCAUGUAAUAAUAACCUGUAUAUUAUAUAUCCAAUAUCCAGCCAUGUAAUAAUAACCUGUAUAUGUAGCAGUACUCUGCCUGUAGCUCCUCUCUGCUCCCUCGCGCUGUCUAAUGGUGUGGGGAGCCGGAAUAUGAUGUCAUUCCAGCCCCGGCAUCAUUAGAGUGCGAGGGAGCAGAGAGGAGCUACAGGCAAAGUACUGCUCCUUCGCAUACAGGAAGAGAGCAGCCCCAGUGGACCCCAGGAAACACCCACUCAGCUCUCCCAAUGGUACGGAGCCUGAGUGGGUUUCAAUUAAAACAAAAAUGUGUGCAUGUAAGCCUGAGUGAGUCUGUCAGUGUGUGUGUGUGUGUUUGUGAGAGAGCCUGUCAGUGUGUGAGAGAGCCUGUCAGUGUGUGUGCGUACAAGCCUGUUGUCAGCAUGAGUGUGUGUGCAUGCAAGCCUGUUGUCAGCAUGAGUGUGUGUGUGUGUGUGUGUGUGUGUGUGAGCCUGUCAGUGUGUGCGCGUUUAGGUACCUGUCCCCUCUGAUCGUAUGAGGAAGAUGUUUACUCACCUUUCUUCCCAUUUUCCCAGAGAUAGAGAUUUUCAUAGAGAUGCAUUACAUUAAUCAAUCUCUAUGAGGAACAUUCAGCGCCUCCCAGAGUUUGGAGACACUGAACCUGGGUGCUGCACGUGGUGCAGCAGUGACCCAGGACUCUCUUGUGGCCAUCUGACUGACUGUCACUAGAGGUGUUAGUAAGCAGCAAUGUAAACUCUGCCUUUUUACAGAAAAGGCAGUGUUUACACUGAAACGUCUGUAGGGACAGGCUAUAGACACCAGAACAACUACAUCAAGCUGUAGUGUUUCUGGUGACUAUAGUGUACCUUUAAGAAUUGCACUUUCUUGUUGAAAAUGGCUGGCUCCUAUACUCCAAACAAAUUUGUCAAGCCCUGUAGUAAGGUAUAGGGAUAUAAAGUCCUAAACGUACUAGGUCACCUGCGAGAAAGCUGGAUAGACUUGGUAUAUAGCUAAAACACUCUUACAGAAGUGUUACCCCCCAAUACUGAGGAAUAGAGAUGUCGCAAACCGUCCACGAACUUCUCGCGAACGGUCCGCCGCGAACUCCGGUCAGCUGACACAUCCCGGCCAAUCUCCAGCAGACCCUCCCUCCCAGACCCUCCUACUUCCUGGACAGCAUCCAUGGAUGCUGUCUAGGAAGUAGGAGGGUCUGGGAGGGAGGGUCUGCUGGAGAUUGGCCGGGAUGUGUCAGCUGACCGGAGUUCGCCGCGAACAGCUCGUGGCGGACCGUUCGCGAGAAGUUAGCGGACAGUUCGCGACAUCUCUACUGAGGAACAGUCAGCUAGUAAAUCACCAAAGCCUAAGCAUAAUAAUAUAUGAUACAGAAAACAUACAAAUAAUACAGAAAAUGCCUAUAAUAUUGCAUAUAAGAUGUGAUACAUACGUUUCGAAUCCAGUUUAUGCUAUAUUAAAUGCAUGUUUUCUGUAUCAUAUAUUAUGACCCACCGACCCACCCAAAAGAGAUUAAAUAAAUUCCUACCUACCCCCUUCACCCUAAAAAUAGCUAGGGGGGGAACAAUAAAACUAAAUACCAGUAAAUAAAAAAAUAAUAUACCAUUUGAUGACUUCCUUUUUUCUUAAAACCUUCUUUUUCAACCCCAAAAAAGGCCAAAUAAAAAUUCAUAAUACCCAUCGAACUUUAAAAAUAAAAUUAAAAAAAAAACAGAGUGCAAAAAAUAAAUCAAACGAGAAAAAAAAUACAGACGCUAAAAAAACAAAACCAUCUUCACCCAGAAAGGGCACUGCACAGACUGAGUUACACAGGGCGGAGAAAGGCUUAUAAAGCCUUCCUACGCCCUGCAAUUUAGCUCAGAGCGUUCUGAUUGGUUGAUUCCAUGCCAACCAAUCAGAUUGCUCUGACAGGUAAGUCUCUAAAUUUACAUGUCACAGCGCUCUGGUUGGCUUGAAAUCCAACUAAUCAGAGUGCUGUGUCAUUUUACAUAGCGUGUGUUCCCCCCUCACUAUUUUUAAGGUUAGGGGGGUAGGUUGGAAUUUUCUUUACAUUUUUUUGGGUGGGGGUUUACGUUUAGCCCUCACCCGCCGUCAAUUACCUAUUGUCCUGUAAUAGAGGGCCCAGGAGGCAGGACAAUAGGUCCCCCCUGCUUUUUGUAAUUUAGGGCCCCCAACUGCCUCUCAGGAGUGGGGGCCGGGGGGAGGACGACAAUAGGUCCCACCCCAUUUCCAUUCAUGCCGCUCCCAUCACUCAGGGGUCGGGCCGGGGGGGAAGAACAAUAGGUCCCGUCCCCCCUUAUCGGAAUAUAGGGCGCCCACCCACGGCUCAGGGGUGAGGGCCGAGGGGAGGACAACAGUUCCCCCACCUCCAUUUUCAUUUAGGGCCCCCACCCGCCGCUCAGGGGUGAGGGCCAAAGGGAGGACCCCUCCCCCCCCAAUUUUCAGUUAGGGCCCCCACCUGCCGCUCAUGGGGUUAUUUAUUUUAUUGUUUUACAACAGUGAGCAGCCACAGGCUGUUUUCUGUUUAGUGCAACCUUCUGUCUCCCAUUUCUCCAACUGAUUUGUUCAGUAAUCUGUUCUCAAACUGCAGCGCAGGAAGUUAUCUUUACCUCUACGUAUUAUGAUCUGAGUCAUCAGCUUAUCUUCUCCUUUAACCAGCUUUCUUGUUUAAUUCAUUAAUACUCUCUAUUCUGUGUGCUCCAUUUAUUAAAUUGACACUGGUGCAUUUCUUGCUUAAGAAAAAGGAAACAAAGGUUUUUUUUUUUGGCUGAUGCCAACUCCCUAUUACAGCACCUACCCAUCUGGCGCCAUGGCCACAUCAUCCGAAGAAGUGUUACUGAUUGUUAAAAAGGUGCGUCAGAAGAAACAGGAUGGGGCCCUAUACCUCAUGGCAGAAAGAGUUGCCUGGGCCCCUGAAGGCAAGGACAGAUUCACCGUGAGCCACUUCUACGGAGACAUUAAGUGUAAGAACCACCAAGUCGGACUGUUCUUUGUAUUUCUGUUUUAUUGACACGUGUAGUACCUAAUAAUUUAUGAGAAGGGGGAAAUGGGAAGAACAGGAUAUUGUCACCCUGCCCCAAUCUGAAUCUAGCUGUCCACCUGCAGAAAGAUCCACCCAUUAACUGACAGUCUCCCUCUCCCAAGCACAGUAAUUACUAGAUAAUAAUUUCCUGGAGCAAAUAGUGCAGGGGAGAUAAGUAAGAAAUUAACAUACCUCUGCUGCACAUUUGUUUUGUAGGUUAUUUUUGCCACAUAAGCAGAAAAUGCCAUGUUAGUAAGUGCUUGAUCUCUCGUGCAUACCAUUAGUAGUUCCAUAAACACAUGUGCGUAUUCUAUUUAUUAUUGUUAUUAUUAUUAUUAUUAUUGCCAUUUAUAUAGCGCCAACAGAUUCCGUGGCGCUUUACAAUAUUAUGAGAGGGGGAAUGUAACUAUAAAUAGGACAAUUACAAGAAAACUUACAGGAACAAUAGGUUGAAGAGCACCCUGCUCAAACGAGAUAUAUAAUUUCCUAUGUUCUGCACACUAGGGCAUGUAGAUUUAAAAAUAAAUAAAUAAAAAUGGAAUCUUGUGAGAAUUUUUAAAGAAACAAUUAGCACAUCUAGUGGAUGUACAAUACAAUCUAGUGGCUGCAAGUGGGGGCUCAUUUAUAGUAAUCUGUGAUGGAGCCUGUUUGUGUAGGUGUGGAGAGCUUCUUUCAAUUAGGGCCAUAUUUAUAGAUGUGGAUUUUUUUCCUUUUGCUAUUAUGUGCAGGAAAACCUGGGUAAAACACAUGAGUUGUUUUGGUUACUCGAGCACUCACCUUAGCAGUGCUUUCUAGUUUGGAUGUAAUUGACAUUGAUAAUGUGGAAUUAACAUUUAUAGAAACAUAGAAUGUGACGGCAGAUAAGAACCAUUCGGCCAAUCUAGCCUGACCAAUUUGCUAAAUACUUUUAUUAGCUAGGAUAGCCUUAUGCCUAUCACACACAUGCUUAAACUCCUUCCCAGCAUUAACCUCUACCAUUUUAGCUGGAAGGCUAUUCCAUGCAUCCACUACCCUCUCAGUAAAGUAAUACUUCCUGAUAUUAUUUUUAAACCUUUGUCCCUCUAAUUUAAGACUAUGUCCUCUUGUUGUGGUAGUUUUUCUUCUUUUAAAUAUAGUCUCCUCCUUUACUGUGUUGAUUCCCUUUAUAUAUUUAAAUGUUUCUAUCAUAUCCCCCCUGUCUCGUCUUUCCUCCAAGCUAUACAUGUUAAGAUCCUUUAACCUUUCCUGGUAAGUUUUAUCCCGCAAUCCAUGAACCAGCUUAGUAGCCCUUCUAUGAACUCUCUCUAAGGUAUCAAUAUCUUCUGAAGAUACGGUCUCCAGUACUGUGUACAAUACUCCAAGUGAGGUCUCACCAGUGUUCUGUACAAUGGCAUGAUCACUUCCCUCUUUCUACUGCUAAUACCUCUCCCUAUACAACCAAGCAUUCUGCUAGCAUUUCCUGCUGCUCUAUUACAUUGUCUGCCUACCUAUAAGUCAUCAGAAAUAAUCACCCCUAAAUCCCUUUCCUCAGGUAUUGAGGUUAGGACUCUAUCAAAUAUUCUGUACAUUAUCAAUGAGAAGGGGCAGCCUCUGGGAGCUGGAAAAUCAUUCCUAAAGGAUCUAACAUUAAUGCUGGGGGCGGUGUCUAGACCCUCUUGGCAACAUGAGAACUAUAGCAAGUUGUAAUAAUACACAGAGCUGUAUACAGCACACUGUUGUGGUUAUGUUUCUUAGAGUGCUCUUGUUAAUGGUUUUCUUUUCUUUAAGUAAAAGCCCCUUUUUGUUGCAGGUCAGAAAAUUAGCCCCGAUGGAAAAGCUAAAGUCCAGCUCCAGUUGGUCCUCCAUGCCGGAGAGUCAACAAAUUUCCACUUCUCUAACGAAAGCACGGCGAUCAAAGAGCGUGACGCUGUCAAGGAACUUUUACAGCAACUUCUUCCCAAAUUCAAACGGAAAGCCAACAAAGAACUAGAAGAAAAGAACAGGUAAAAGUAGAGACAAGCUGACAGUGUUUAUAGCAGCACAGGGGCAUGUAAACCAAAUUUACUGUAAGGCUGGGAGUGCCUCGUGGUAAACCUGGUUCAGAAAUAUCUGGAGUUCUGAAGAUAUGGGCCAGUGGUACAUCGUUUAACUCUCUGUCCUUUGUUCAUGUAGAAUGCUAAAAGACGAUCCUGUCUUAUUCCAACUCUACAAAGACCUUGUUGUGAGUCAGGUGAUCAGUGCAGAGGAAUUUUGGGCCAAUCGUCUGAGCUUGAACUCUCUGGACAGUUCUGUUUCCAACAACAAACAAGAUGUGGGCAUCUCUGCUGCAUUCCUGGUAUGAUGAGACGUUUUGUUAGUUACAAUUUUCACAUUCUUUUUAGAUUGCGUUCCCAUCCUUGCGUGUGGAGAAUGACGACCACCUUUUAAGAGCUAACAAACAACUGAUAUGCAGGCCUUUAUAAGCCAAGUUGAAAUGUUUUUUUUCAGGUCCCGGUCCAAUACCACGUGGAUUCCCACAGUUAGGCUUGAAGAGGGUGUUCUAACAUGCACAUUUCUGACUUUAUCCUUAGUGUCCCUUUAUCAGUAUUUGAUUUUUUUUUUUUUUUUGGUUUCUUGUAACUAUAUGAGCUUGUGAUGUUUUUGCAAAGAUAAAACACCAGUGCCGUUUACAUUUUUGGCCAGCAUAAUCUUGCUUAGAUAUAUUUAAUUAUUUUGGAAGUUCACCAACUUUAGCUCUGUUGAUGUACCAAUGUUUAAACUAUAUCCUUUGCCAGCUAACAUUGUUCUAAAGAAAUAGAAUAUGUAAUUGUGAUCCAGCAGGAUCUUUUAGAUCCUUAUCAUGUGCUCGCCUAGUCGCUUCUCCAUAAUCACAUAGUAAUCUGAAAUCGGACUGCAAAUGCCUCUUUUCCUUGUCUUAUUUUGAUCUCUUUUCAUUUUAGGCGGAUGUUCGUCCUCAAACUGAUGGGUGUAACGGCUUGAGAUAUAAUCUGACAUCAGAUAUCAUAGAAUCGAUAUUCCGUACAUAUCCUGCAGGUAGAGACGGCACCUUUGGAUGUGCACGUAACUAGCUAGAUUGGGACGUUACUGCAAAGCCAUAUAAUUAUGAACUUUGCUUAAAGUGAAUAGGAUCUUCUGAGUUAUUCACUAAUGUUGGGAGUUUUGGUUAAAUAAAAGCAAAUUUCAAAAAAUAAUAAUUGCCAAAAUUCUUUCUCUUUGGUUUUGAUUUCGGGCUAAAAUGUCAAACUCCCUUUAAUUCAAAACAGGUCAGUGAAUUAACUGGCUAGUGAAGGAUUGACCAACUACAUCCCAAGUGUUUACUAAAGCUUUGACAUAACGCACAGUCUGAAUUAAGUUGCCAAAAGAUAGGGGGGGUGUAUUGUUGAUGAGAUUGUGUUCCUGGUGAAAUUUGUGUUUGGGCCUAUUGUAAGUUCAUUCUAUAUAUAAAAAAUAAAUUAUAUAUAAAUUUCCUCCACAGUAAAGCUGAAAUACGCAGAAAAUGUCCCGCAUAAUAUGACAGAGAAGGAGUUUUGGACACGCUUUUUUCAGUCCCACUACUUUCAUCGAGAUCGUCUAAACACUGGCUCUAAAGAUUUGUUUUCAGAGUGUGCCAAACUGGAUGAGAAAGGUACAAUUCCUGUUUACUUUUAGAUAUGACAUUGUACAUUAUGUUUUGUAGUUUGUGUAUCUUUUUUUGUUUUUGUUAUUAAAGGGAAACUAUGGUGACCUUCCCCUCUCCCCUCCACGUUGCAGAAGGGUUGGCCACACUCGCGUUAGGAUUUCCCCAUAGGAAAGCAUUAUACAAUGCUUUCCAAUAGGGUUUUCAGGUGACUCUGGAUGUCCUCACGCUAUGCAUGAGGACGAACGACCAGGAAGUCCCUCUAGUGGCCGUCUGGUAGACGGCCACUAGAGGUGGAGUUACCCCACAACGCUAAUAAUUACAGUUGAUUAACAGCAAUAAUUAGCUUUGCAGGGUGCUGGGACAUUGCUCCAAGACCACUUUAAUGAGAUAAAGUGGUCUGGGUGCCUAUAGUGUCCCUUUAAAGACUAGGUGUACACUGCAGCAAAGGAUUCCGGGUAAUGAUUCACUUGCUGGGCUGUAAACAUCUUUCCUAUGGUAGCUUCUACCAUAGAUUUCUUGGGGAUAAUUUAGUUUUAUCACAUUCAAAAUGUGGGACUAAAGUGGGACACGAAGGGCUGGAAAUCGAGCGAGAGUUGUAGGUCUCUAGCAGAUUCUUUGUGGCAAACCUUUGGUUCACAUUUAUUUCACAGACAAUCGUAUUCUCAGGGUUAGAGCAUAAAGCAGGUCAGGUCAGUCAAGCCCACCCCUAGUUAACUGUGUCAUGGGAAGGUUUGAGCAAUGGUAUGUGUUUAGCCCCUAGGGCAUUAGCUGGUCUAUGUGGUAAGUGUAUAAGUGUAUGUGGCACGGAUUCCCUACAGUCAUCCAUCUUCCUGUGAACUAGACACAGUAUCAGUAUUGAAGUAACAAUAUUUAAGUCUGGAAAUUAGCAUACUCUGUGCUGAGUAUCCAUGGUGUCUAUAUGGCCAAAGAAGUUUGCUGUCUACCUUUUGCCCUGCAAAUGAGGUCUUCCAUGGCUCCUAGUUCCUAAAUGUGUUGGAGCCAAACCUGUGCAAUUUUAGGGCACGCGCUCUUUGGCCACAUCGGGUAUGGGAAUGUUCAGGGAUGUUUUGUAUAUGGAUUUCAUGUUUGGUGCAGCAGCACGUGGGUAGGUGUAAAAGGUGGCUGUCACCUGAGAAUUUAAAAAAAUGCCAUGAAUUGUUUCCCUAAAAGGGCGGUUUAACAGACAUUUACACCAAAUAUGGAUUAGUUUGACCUCUGCACCACCAACAUUGUGGUUGUCCUGGUUGGAGUUUGUGGAGUGACAGACUUUUAUAGGGCGAUUCUUGAAAUUUACUGGAAAUAGCACAAUGUAGCGUUAGAUAAAAGGAUGCACACCAAAAUAGAUAAUCAAAUAAAAAAAGUCAAUCUUUAUUAUAUAAAGAGACCGCACACUUUCAUGACACCCAUGUUACCACAUUACAAAAACUGUACAAAUGAAGGGACCAGGGCUAGCUUAAACUAACAAUCCUAGUAAUCCCAAUAAUAAUUUACAUUGAGCCUAUGAUAGCUUCACGCGUGUCAAAAACGACGCCAAUGUUUUAGCACUAGCAAAUGUGCCUUUCUCAAGGGACAGUACUGGAGGAAAGAGUAAUACCCAAUCCAUCUACUCUGUGUCUGUUGGGAAUGAGAGGAGGCCUCUUGAUGUCAGAUGGGCCUGGUGCAUAAGGGAAAGUGUCUGCCUUGUACUGUUCCUAGCUUCCCGUUUUGGUAUGAAGCCCAUCAGGUCUAGUUUUUACUUUAAAGAGUAACUGAGUCAAAGCAUGCUCAUCCUACCUAUUAAUUUUUGCUAGACAGCAAGUUGAAGUGUGUAAAAUCAACUCCCUUCCAUCAGCUAAAGUUCACAGAAGAGUCGUGUUUGUAUAUUACAAUGCGGGCACUGCAUUUUUAGCUACAGAUCCUCUAAUGCACAAUAUUUCCCUGAAUUACUUGAAUUGCAGCCUUGCAAUUGAUGCACAUAUUUUUUUAUUUUAUUUUUUAAGAUUUUUAUUGGUUACUGUCCAUUAAGCAGAAACAAUCACCAGAUAUACAAGAGUUCAGUUAGACCGUUUUUCAUAAAUUACAGUUGAAAUCAGACAGCCGCACAGGGCUGGGUGAGCAUCUCACAUGAAGAUAAACAAGGACUCUAUAGUCUGCAAUCCUAUUACAUAGCAUAUUAUACAUGUUAGACGCUCUUAUGUAUUCCAAAGUGAUGUCACGUGCAAAUAUUAAUUUUACAGCAAAGCUAAACAUGUCAUUUCUAGGUAGGUUGUAACGUAACUGCGUGCAGAAAGAGUCUACUUAAAUAUGUAUAAGGGAAUGUAAUUUUCUAUAUUAUUCUAAAAGGUCAUUUUUACCAUGGCUCAACUCAUCUCCUGCAACUUUUGUUUAUUUAGGUCUAAAGUCCAUAUUCUCCCAGGGGGUUAAGAAUCCAAUGCUAGAUUUGCUGUCGCUGGAAGAUAAGUGCUUAGACGAGGUAUGAAAGUUUUUAUUUUUUUAAUUUUUUUUUAGUUUCCCUCCUAUGAUGCUGCGCAUGGAAAUAGUGCAGAUAGCAUUGCUCCCUCGUGAAUAAACCAAUUUUUUUGUUUGUGUGAGAGCCCUCUGGUGCUGAAAGAGUUAACCUGCAUAGCCCCCCCCCCCCUCCUUCCAUGACUCCUGGUCACUAUUACUUUUAAUGCAUUGUUUGGUGACUAGCUCUCUUUACAUUUAAACAAACCUGCUGGUAAUUGAUCUGAGAAACCUCUUUUCAAACCAUAUUCACAGCUUUUAUGCGAGGGAAUUGAUACACAUUUUAACCCCUUUACUCUAUGCCCAAUGUAUGCACCGGCUGCAUUGCAGAUUUAACCCUUUAAAUUCCUUACCUUAACCUAUUAAGCCAGUCACCUGUUCGAAUGCUUUAAAUGGCACUCCCUCCCUUAUGGUGCAAAAGUGCUUAUUGCUCAAAUUCAACUUUGUAUGCCACGAGGCUUCUGUGCAUGGCACCGUAACCUGUACUGUUAUGCCUAUUAUAGACAUUAUUUGUGACAGCUAAAUGCUAACAUUCUCUGCGUACUGGUAUUUUAAGAAACAUAAUGGCAUUAUUGUGGGAUGCAGGUUCCAUUAGGUGUUUUGCACCACCCAUUUGCUUGGUAUGUGAAUAUUUGUGUUUCCAUGACACCUUUUAGAUACGUGCCACGCUAGCCUUUAGUUAUUUAUUUUUACUAAAUUAGUUGUGUGUGGGGUUUAUAGUGUAGAUGUAGAGAUUGGGCCUGGGUAUGGGUUUAUGGAGGAUGUAAAACUUGGCAGUUCAGCAUUUUCAGACCUGCUCAGUCAGCCUUCUUUUAUUCUGUUUGUUAAUAUUCAGAGCAGUAGGAUCAGUUCCUGUGUGCUCCUUCCUAGGUUUUGCCAAGAAAUGGUUUGUUCACUGUGUGGCAUCCAUCUAACAAUAUCGUGUUUGUUCCAUUGGCAGGGAUACGGAGCUUCAAGCUUUCCAUCGACAUCAAACUCCAAAUCCAUAAAGGAGAAUAGUAAUGCUGCUAUAAUUAAACGCUACAAUCACCACAGUGCCAGGGUUCUGGCAGCAGGACUCCGAAAAGAGUAAGCCGAUAUUAGUCACGUUUCUAAAUCUCUUUUCUAAGCCCUUAGACAAGAUAGUAGUAGGUAUUGCACAGCCGUACCUCGGGCACUCAGAAAAAAAACAAUAAAACUGCUAUGUGACAGAGCUACUGAAUAAUUGUGGACUUGAUCAAAAUUCUGGCAGUCACAUAAUGGAGACUAUACUAUCUGUCUCAAUAUAAUAAAAGCUCUUUAUAGCAAUUAGAAUAAUAUAAUGCAUACUCCCUGUUCCCUGGUGCGUUCUAAGAGGCCGUAACAUUCCGUUCUUAAUUAAGUGCUUUGUGCAUUUUCUGUUUUUUGAAUCUACAGAUUGAGGAUAGAUGUAAUUUACAGACAAUACAUAGAACACGACCUAAAUAAUCAACUUUGACCUAAAUAAUCAACUUCGCAUGCAGCCUCUCUGCAAGUGUCUUAUCAAUGAUGCCUUUUUUUGAUAGCGUAGAGCUCAGUUUACAGCUGCCAGACAAAUGUGUAUCUCUAGACACCAUCCCAGUUUGAAUGAAGGAAUAAGAUAAAGACUUUCUCCAGUACAUUCUGCCCAUUCUUUAUACAUCCACUGGAAAUCUGUAAAAUAGUGUUCAUGAUUGAUCCAAAAUAAGCACUGUUCUUGAUUAUUCAGUCUUUGUCCUUUUCCAUUUCCAUUUAAAGUGACACUCUAAGUACUAGUUUAUUGUGAUUAUGGUGCAUGGUGUCUUUGGAUCCAAUCUUUCCAGUUUUCCUUGAACAUUCUUGAGUGGUUUAGCAAUAACUGGGGCUCUAUGGGCACGCAGAGAAGAGCCUUUUUGCUGCCACCAAAAAUAUCCAUCUAAAUUAGUUUAACUCCGCAUCCACAGGCCCUCAUUGCCACUAAGAUUUGGACAGAUAAUUAAGAACCUCAGUGGCAGCAGAGAGGAACCCCUUGUACCAUAACCACUGCAAUAAGAAGUGGUUAUGCUGCUUACUGUCCCUUUUAAAAAGGUUUGUUUUAAACAAAUGUAGGUUUUUUUGUUUGAGGUAUUUAUAUAUUUUCACACAUUAUUGAAAUUUUUAUUUAUUUAUUUUUUUCACAGGGAAGCACAAAACGACCAGAACAGUGAGACCAGCAGCACAGACGGAAACUCUAGGGAUUCCGAUUUCUUCCAGCCUCCAGUAAAAAAGGUGUCAUUCAGCAUCACCAUGUGAUAUAGAAUGCCGUGCUGUUUUAUGUGUGUAGUGGCCCAACUCCCAACCCCACUAUAUUUUAUCUCCUCUGUCUUGCUGCAUCAAUUAAAAAUUAUUUCCGAGUUUUUAAACUUUUCACUAGUUUAGAAGUACAUGCCAAGGUCUAUUUUCCAACUUAAUUGUAACCAGCUAAACCACACCAGAGGGAUUGAAGAUGUGCCCUUAAAGGACAACCAUCAUCAAAUGUUCCCUUCUUGUUUUUUAAUAGUUUAUUACAUUCCAUGAAACAUAAUGAUAUCGAAAUGGUGAAUUUGUUUCCAAGGUUACAGGUAUACAACUACAUACACCACUACAAUGGUACCACAAUUUUAAAUGUUAACAUUAAACAAAAGAAAAAUAAACUGGUAAUGCAAUGAUAUGUCUUCUGGUAAUGCCCUACAAGUCUUUAAGGGAAAACUGUCCCCUCAGAGCUAUGUUUUAAUAUAAAACUUAUUUUAUCAAGUUUUGUAAGCAAAUUGAUUUUUUUUUUUAAAUAAAGUAUAUGUAAUUUAAAUAUUUUUUUUUUUUUUAAAUGUGGUGACCUUUCUACCUUUUACAAUAUAUGACCGAAUGAUUCAGCCUUAUGCAUGCACUUUGGGUCAGUUAGUCAUUAUGGUCUUCCAAGCUUUUUUUUUUUUGCAUAUUCUUCAUUUAAAAACAAAUCUAUUUUCUUUCAAAAUUUGAUGAAUGGAUUAUUAUGCAAAAAUUAUUUUUGAGGUGGCAGCUGUCCUUUAAAUUUAUAACACUGCAACCUCUUCCGGGGCCUUUGCAUAUUUUGGGAAACUUGUGGCAACGUUUGUAAACCUCUGUGCUAUCUUUAAGACAACUAAAUGCUACUGUCCCUACUUUGCCUUCUAUAUUUUCAUUAAAAUUCCAACAUGGCCAAUAUGAAUGUUUCAUAAAGAUGUUUUUAUGAUAGUAUGUGAAUAGCGACAGUCCUGCUUUAAGUGUAUCUCGAAUAAGCAUUUGUGCCAUAAUCCUCUUUGUUAUACUUUGGACCUGUUAUAACUUCUAACCAAGUUCUGAUCUGUUUUAGGUGAAAUUACAGGAGGCCAUAGAGUAUGAAGAUUUAGAGCAGAAUAAUGGCUUGAAACCAAUUUCACUCAAUCUGAAAAAGUCAGAUAGGUAAGAUUCAGACACUGUAGAAGUGUUAUGUGUAUACAAAAUGGGAGGCCAAAUGGGAGAGGAGCUAGUGCAUUCUGGGAAGUAUUAUGGAAUGGACAAAUGUGGAGAAUUUAUGUUUUUGCUUUCAAUUCCAUUUCCACUAUUUACUUAUUUUUCUUGUUUUUUUUUCAGGUAUUAUCAUGGUCCCACCCCAAUCCUUUCCCAGCAAUAUGCAACAAGUCAGGACAUUCUCAAUUCUUUUCAUAGUAUUAAACUGCAAAUGGAAAACUAUGUACCAAGGUUAACUCAGGUUAGUUUUUUUUUUUUUUUUUUUGUACAGUGAAAUAGACGGCAAAAUGUCUAUAAGGUUAUAUAUAAGCUAUACUACAGUGGGGUUUAUUUACUAAGCUGAGGAAGUGAAAGGCACGGUUUAUAACCAUUUUCCAGCGCAGCUAUCUUGGCCUAAAAUUAAUUGUCCACUAAGUAUCAGUUUGCGUGAUUGUCUGCUCAGCCAGAGGAGCCCAAUAUGUCAGCCACAGUGUGGAACAUUUAUUAUUUAUUGUGGGUUCUUAAAAUGUUCUGAUUUGUUCUAGGUUCUUUCAAGUGGUGCUGCUACUAGUACGAUCGCUGCUCUGUCCCCUGGUGGGGCAUUAAUGCAAGGCGGGACAAAGCAAGCCAUAAACCGUGAGUUUUUUUUUUUUUUUUUUUUCAGUGAAGUCAAAGUAUUUAAUUAAACUUUUGGUUGUAAAACUGAGUCUAUUCACUAAACAGUGGAUCGCAGUGAAAUGAAAACCAAGCUGCAAAUUUGACUUUCGAAAACAAUCUGUUAACUGUUUUUCCAAAGUGGGUAAUUAGGCAUACAUUUUGCCGUCUGGUUUUCAACUUUUGGUUGGGUGAAUAAACUCCUUAAAUUGCUUAUUUUUCUCUAGACACUUGUCGCUAUCUGCCCAUGAUGUAAAAUACAUAAAAUAGGUGUGAGGGUGUUUUUUAUUUUAUUUAUUCUAACCCAAUUUUAAUAGUAGCUUGGGCAUCUAUCAUAUUUCUUCCUCUUAACAAAAUCUACCAAUUAAACCUUUACCAUUCAGCAGCUGUUUUAUAAAUCCCAUGCAGGAUUUUACUUACUGUAUCAACCCCAAGUUUAUUUGGCACCUCGUUCACCAUAACCACUGCAAUAACAUGUACAGUUGUGUUUUUAGGAUGCUAUUCCUGAAAACUUUUUAUUUUAUUUUAUUUUUUAACUUCUGUUUUUGUAAAUUUGCUUUUCAGUCUGGCUUCACCCCUUUCCAUGGACAUCAUAUUGGAGAGCGUAGAUUUCUCAUUUAGUGUUCAAAAUAGCCCACUCCCUUUUCAGCCUGCUGUUCAUGUCCGCACCGUGCUCACGCCAUAGCUUCUGCAAUGGGAUAAUGACUCGAAAAGCAUUAGUUGGCAGUGAGCGGACUUCAAAUUCUUGGAUAGUUCAAUGGGAAGGCCAGGCUUCCUGUAUAGCAUUAACAGGAAGGGGGUGGAGCUCAGGCACUGGAGAUAUAGCUGAACAACUGAAAUAACAAAAAUGUAAAAUGUUAUACCUUAAAGCACAGAUUCAUAUGAGUAUAAUCACUACAAUAAGCUGUAUUUUUGGUGCUUGGAGUAUCUCUUUAAAUUGGCUGCUGUGCCAAGGAGUAGUUAUCUAAAUCUGUGGUGUUGUUCUCCCUGUUGCAGAGAUGGUGCCAAAUGAUAUUCAGUCUGAACUGAAACACUUGUAUGUGGCAGUUGGUGAGCUGCUUCGACAUUUCUGGUCUUGCUUCCCUGUAAAUACCCCCUUCCUAGAGGAAAAGGUAAGUCGCUUAGUAGAGAAUCACAAUCUUAUAAAUAAUGUGAGAAGAGCUUUGCCAGUCUCCAUGAGACUAGGCUAAUCCAAAUCUAUUAUGAAAAUACAUUGUAUACUAUUCAUGAUUUCCUAGUCCAGGGAUGACCGAAAACAUAGGUUUUAACCUUUCUUUACUAGUCACAGCAGCAAAAGUGUUAAUCACAUGUUGGGUAAAACCAAAGGGAAAAAAAUGCAAAAAACACCUUGACCAAUCAGCAUCUUGCAUAGUGUAUAUAACAGGUAGCAUGCAACAGUUCCUGCGAGUGUUAUGUUAAAGGGUAUAUUGAAGUCAAUCCAAUUAACUGUAAGAGACGGGAACAAUGAAAUUUGGAAUCCAACGUGCAAAUGAAAAGUAGAAUGUGGAGGUUCUUGUUAAACUGCGAAGAGGGAAUUAAUAGGGUUAGCUGACUGGUGGGAUAAUACUUUCCUUCGCACUAGGAAAAUAUUAGAAUUUUAUCGCAGACAGAAGACUCCUUAUAUGUAGAGUUGAGCGAACCUAGACCCGAACACGGACAUAUCCGUAUGAGUUCGGUGUUCAGCGAUUUAAUGGCGCGUUUUGAAAGGCUGCAGGGCAGCCAAUCAACAAGCGUUUGACUCAUGUGCCCUUAGAAGCCAUCACAGCCAUGCCUACUAAUGGCAUGGCUGUGAUUGGCCAGUGCAGCAUGUGACCCAGCCUCUAUAUAUAAGCUGGAGUCACGUAGCGCAGCACGCACAUGAGCUCUUAUUAGUGUAGGGAGAGGAUGCUGCAGCUGUUAGGGACAGAUUAGGAAAGAAUUCUGGUGUUGAAUCUGCAAACUACAGCGAUUAUUUUUGGGGGUGCAAUAAUUUUUGUACUCUGCCCUGAGUCCAGUGCCACAGAGAGUGCAGUGCACUUGCAACUGCAUGUGUGCCAGGCACAUUACUUUAAUCCUGUUCUGGUAGCUCAGUGGGCAACAUCUAGGCAUUUUUAAAUACUGCAAUUUGUUUGGUGCUAAAUAGUACAUUUGCGUACUGCAUUUCUUGCAGUCCAAUAAAACCCUUAAAUACUACUGUUAAAUUGUUGGUUUUAAAAAAAAUCACACUUUUUGGUGCUAAAUAGUACAUUUGCGGCCUGCGGUGCACUUCAUAUGUGAGAGUCAAAUAGAACCGUCAAAUACUGUGCUUACAUUGGAGUUUAAAAUAUUCUAAUUCUUUAGGUGCUAAAUUGUACAUUUGGGGCCUGCACUUCAUAUCUGAGAGUCAAAUAGAACCGUCAAAUACUGUGCUUACAGCGCAGUUUUAAACAUUUAAAUUUUUUUUGCUGCUAAAUUGUACAUUUGGGGUGUGCACUUCAUAUCUGGUGUAUGUGUGCAACACGGACUAGUUACCGCUUCUCAAGAAAGUCUAAAGACUUUUUAAAAAAGUGAAAAAUAAGUGCUAUUGUGAUCGCUUCAUAUACAGAAGCAUUAAUAUACAUUUCUAUAUUGUGUAAAGACACAACUACAAAGUUAAAAACCAAACACCAAAACAACGUGCCAGACAAUCUACAUGUGCAUGGCUAGUGUGAUACAAUAAGUCUACAUCUUAAAAAUGCAAUAACCCACAGAAGAUGGGCGAGAAUUUUUUUUUGGCAAAUGGAACUUUGAUUCUAAUUUACUACAUCGGUCACUUGUAAUAUUGUUUCACACCUACAACACUUGUUAAACAGAUCUAAGUGAUAGAAAACAGAUUGAUAUUUUCUACACUAGAAACUACCAGAUAACAAGCUGCUAGAUUUAAACCAGUUACCUGGAUACAAUUCUAAAACAAUUUCCAUAUGUCCUUUGCAGACUUUACAUGCUGGAAAAACGCAGGUGCCAACUGCAGUGUGCAGACCCGCAAGGAGGGCAGGGUUGAGGAGUGGGUGGAGGAUGAUGAGGUCCUAGACCCCACAUGGAAUUAAGGUCAUGCGAGUGACGUGUGCAGUUUGGAGGAGAGGCGGUGGUCGCACAGAGCCACCAGCACAGCAUAAGAGGGAGCAGGGUGCAAAAGCGGAGCGGCCAUCCCCUUGUGCUCGUCGUCAUGUAUUAGCUCUAGAAUUACCACAGUUAUCCAAGUAACAGAUGGAGCGAUCAAAGGAACCAUAACUGAUUUAAUGAGCCAUUUGCAGUUUCACUGUAGCGGCUGUGCGCAUUUUCGGCGUUCUCACCCUGCUCCCAGGCGAUAGCGUAGUUGAUGGGAGCCGAAUUAAUGACCAUAGCUCUCCUAGUGGAAUUGGCACCAAAUAUAGCUUUAUUUAUUCCAGCAAUAGAUUUAAGUCUUAAACGGCUUCUCUAGCUGUAUUCCUAACACAGUAGUGCUCUCUGCCUCCCCCCUGCACCGCCUACCCCUCCCUCACUGGAAUAAAACCCUUUGUUUAGUCACCCGAUUCCGGGGCUCUGCCUCCUUCCCCAGGGGAGGUGGGGUGGGGGACAUAAUGCACAUGCACGGUGAGUACAUUAAGCCCUUCUCAUUGGAAAGCUUUGACUCAGUGCUUUCCUAUGGUGAUUUCACUGACACUGGAUGUCCUCAUGCUGCUGUGCGAUGAUCGCAGUUGUACAGGAAUGAGAUGCCUAACAAAUAGAAGAGAGAAAAAUAUAAGUAAGGAGGACUUGGUCCUCAUGAUAAAAAUAAAUUCUACAUGUCCACAAUGUAGCAUCAGUCGGUUCAAACUCGAAAACAUAUAUAUAUAUAUAACGAGUGUUAUAAAUUUGUAUAAUUUGUGAUACAUAAUAAAAAGUAAUACUGUGUAUGAUAAACAAAAUAGGCAAUCGAACUGAAAAAAUUGUGAAAUGUAUGGUGCAGCAAAGAAAGUGGAGGAACUGCUGCACGCUCCCUGUUUUAUAGACUUUGUUUGAUGCUGAUAGGUCAAGGAGUUUACCUUUUCAUGUUUGGAUGUUUUGUUUUGCUUUCCUGCUGCGAGUAUUAAUGAAAGCUCAAAGCCUAAUGUGAGCCUCCUGUCUGUAAUAAAAUUGCUGAUAAGCUAUGUAUCUGUCUUCAAGUAUAAUGAGUACAUACAGAUCCUGUGUUAUUAAUACACUAAUGCAGUUUGUAUAUUUUAUUGAAUAUACAUACAAAAAAAAGUUUCAUUUAUGUUUUUUUUUUUUUUCUUUCUGUUUUUAGGUUAUUAAAAUGAAGAGUAAUUUGGAGAGGUUCCAGAUUACUAAAUUAUGCCCAUUCCAGGAGAAAGUGCGGAAACAAUACCUGAGCACAAAUGUGAGUAAACUGUAAUCGCGCUUUUUUUUUUUUUUUUUUAAAUGUAUUAAUUUUAUCUGUUGGCCGUGUCUGAAAUCCUUCACUUGUAAUAAAUAAAUAAUAAGAAUGGACACUGUUACUUGUGAAUUCUUUUUAAAAGUUUGUGAUUUAUAUCACAAUUUGUUAUGUUUUUUUUUUGUUUUUCUCCCUAUUUUUUUCAGAUUACGAGUCACUUAGAAGAGAUGCUGCAGACCGCCUACAACAAGUUCCACACAUGGCAAUCCAGACGCAUGCUUAAAAAAACGUGAUGUCUUUCCACCAACACUAAAAACAUUUGACUUGCAAUAGAGUACAAAUAUAAAAAUUAAAAAACAAACAAAAAAAAUCAAAAACCCUGUCGGAUGAGCAUAGGGCACAGAGCAUUCGUGACGAGCUGUCUCACACAGGAUUCUGGCGCUAUCCUUAAACAGGAGACUUUUUGGGGCAGAAAAGAGGAAAAGCAACACAAGGAAUAUUGCAUAAAAACGGAGAUCCGUAGGCGAGAGAAAAUUAUCAGAUGGUGUUUACUGCAGCACUGCAAGCAACUUUAAAAACCUGGAUGGAGUGGCUGAUUGUCGACGUUUACAGGCACUUUUCUGGAGUGUACUGACAAAAAUGAAUUUGAUUAUCUCUUUUUCUUUUAAUUAUUUGUGGCACAGGGUAUAGAGCUGAAAGUCUUGGGUUAUUUUUUAUUUUUUUCCAGAUUUUGUUAGUCUAGUUUGUACCUGUUUAAGGUUUUAAAAGAAAAUAGAAAAUGUGACAAUUGUUUUAUAAAACUUAACAGAAGUGUCUUUUGUUUUAAAGACUUUUGGUUUGGUUGGUAAUUGUGUUUAGUUUUUUUUUUGUUGUUGUUUCCACUCCCCCAUAUUCCCUUCUAAUUCCCAAAGAGUUGUGGAUGAUUUGCACUGAUGGGCGUCAGGGCCAACAGACUCAAAGACCUGUAUUUUUACAGUGCAGGUACUAGUCUAGAGACACUGUUGAGCAUUCUCAUCUACUGUCAAUGUCAAGGGAUCUGUGAAGAACAAUGUUCCAUAUCUUCAAAAGAAGAAAAUACAAAGUACUUUUUACUCCACUCUGCAGAUUAGUUCACCUACGCUCAGCGACUUGAUAAUCAUUUGAAAAUGUUGUGUGAUAAGUCGGGCAAUGAUCACUCUGAAGAAAAGAGGUUAAUGGAUUUUCAAGAGUCUGUGCCAUAACUUUUGUUGCAGUUUGGAUCUAUACAUACUCUAACAAUAUCUUGUAUUAAUAUCAAAUCUGAUAUAAGAAAAGGUGUUUUUUAGAUGAGAAAUCAUAUCUUUUUUUUUUUUUUGUGCGUGUCAUUUCGGGAAAACUUGUCAUAUCUAUGCAGAGACUGAUACUUGGACAUAAUUGUUGUUAAUUUUUUUUCUUUGCUAAUUGCAAAGCAAACGUACUUUCACCAAUACACGGCGCGUACCGUUUCAGCAAAUGCGCCUUUUUCUUUGUUGGAUGUACAGCUCCUAAUUUUAAUAAAUAAAAACAAAAAGUUCCGAAGGAUGCUGUAAUUGUACGGGAAGUCGUUACUUGAAUUUACCGCAAAGAUGCUAAUAAUUACAAAAGCAGAUGUUAACAGCACUUACAUUUUUUUUUUUAAAUAAAAAUAAAACUAAAACUGUUCCUAAA